UGUCGCCAGCCACCAGUCCACCAGACCACCACCAGGUUUCAGGCUGUCGUUGUUCGUCCUCAGCCACCAGUCCACCACCCAGUACCGUCCGUCGCCACUCGCCAGCCACCAGUCCACCACCAGGUAAGGGUUAUGUGACUUCUGUCUUCUGUACUUUGUUUUCUGAAAUUCAAUUGCUGAAUGCUGAUGUUAAUUGUGAGGUGGAGUCGUGGAGGCAGUAUCACUGUAAUUCGCAAUUGUUAAUUGUUAAAUGUGAUGUUAAUUGUUAAUUGUGAUGUUAAUUGUUAAUUGUGAUGUUAAUUGUGAGAUGGGUUCAGCUGUCAAAUUGUAUUGUGCCCUGGUUGCUGAAAUUGUAUUGUAUUGUUGACUCGCUGACUUGCUGGUUGCUGAAAUUGUAUUGCUGAGUUGCUGACUUGCUGGUUGCUGAAAUUGUAUUGCUGACUUGCUGGUUGCUGAAAUUGUAUUGUUGUGUUGCUCACUUUGUUGUGUUGUCUUGCUGAAAUGUGCUGUUGUGUUGCUGAAAUUGUCAGGAAUGUCUUCUAGUUCCUCUGCUUCAUGCAAUGUCAGUGGUAGUAGUAAUUCAUCUGAGUCAAUGAAAGACCUCUACCCUUUGUGGAAGUUUGUUGUUAAGGGUGAUAAAAUAUCGGGUGGUGGAGGAAAUUAUAAUUGGAAAUGUAACUUUUGCGGCGAAGUUAAAAAUGGUUCAUACACUAGAGUGAAAGCUCAUUUGCUAGGUGAACAAGGGAAAGGGAUUCAAACUUGUAAUAAAGUGAAAAUUGAUGACCUUGCUAAACUAAGAUCGCUUCAUCGUGAAUCCGAGGAUUAUAAAAAAUCUUUGUUACCAAAAGUUCCACCUUUUUCAAAUGAACCCAUAUCUUCUCACACAUCAACUGAAGCUACAUCAAUGAGACUAGGUUCAUUUGAUAAUGUAAAGAAGAGGAAAUCAAAAAAUACAAUUUCCGAUGCUUUUAAUGUGAAAUCUCGUGACCACUUGGAUUCUGAAAUUGCUAGAAUGUUUUACACAGGGGGGUUGCCUUUUAAUCUUGCUAGAAACCCUUACUAUGUUAGUUCAUAUACAAUGGCUGCCAAUUCUAAUCUCUCUGGUUAUAAGCCUCCCGAAUACAACAAACUUAGAACAACUUUGCUUUGUAAAGAGACAGAAAAUGUGGAUAGGUUAUUACAACCUAUGAAAGCCACAUGGAAAACAAAAGGUGUUAGCAUUGUUAGUGAUGGGUGGAGUGAUCCACAAAGAAGGCCUUUGAUUAACAUUAUGAUUGCUUCUGAAACGGGUCCUAUGUUUAUGAAAGCUAUUGAUUGCUCGGGUGAGAUUAAGGACAAAGAUUUCAUUGCUACCUUACUAAGUGAGGUGAUUGAUGAAAUUGGAGAUCAAAAUGUUGUUCAAAUAAUCACAAAUAAUGCAAGUAAUUGUAAGGCUGCAGGGGAAUUGGUUGUGGGUAGGUAUCCUCAUAUAUAUUGGACACCAUGUGUUGUUCAUACACUUAAUCUUGCAAUGAAAAGCAUCUGUGCAGCUAAGAAUGUGUUGAAUAAUGUUGAAGUAUAUGAUGAAUGUCAUUGGAUAACGGAAGUUCAUGCAGAUGCCUUGUUCAUUAAAAAUUACAUAAUGAAUCAUUCGAUGAGGCUUUCAAUGUUCAAUAAGUUUUCGCCAUUAAAACUACUUUGCAUUGCCGACACUCGUUUUGCUUCAAUUGUGUGCAUGCUUAAAAGGUUGAAACUCCUUAAAACAUCACUUCAAUCAAUGGUUAUUAGUGAGAAUUGGUCCUUAUACAAGGAUGAUCGACGCGGGCAAGCCUCACAUGGUUUGUGA